UCCAUGUUGUCUACUGAAGUGUCUUCUGUGACCUGGGCAGGAUUAGCAAAAGUCACUCUGACUCAAGUAAUACUCUUUAAUAGACGAAGAUCAGGUCAGGUGUCCAAAAUGCCUCUGUCAGCAUAUAUGUCUCCAAAAAACCAAGAUGUGCUGGAAGACCUGGGUGAAGCACUCUCUGAUUUAGAAAAGAAACUGUGUCAACAUUUCCGAAGGCUGGAGAUCAGGGGGAAGAGAGGGAGAAAGGUUCCAGUCCUUUUGACACCUGCGAUGCAGGAAUCUUUAGAUCUUCUUGUCACUAAAAGGGACAUGUGUGGAGUUCCCCAGGAAAACACAUACCUCUUUGCCAGACCACAUGCAUUUUCCUGUUAUCGUGGGUCUGAGUGUCUCCGGCAUUUUGCCAAGGCCUGUGGAGCAAAAAACCCAGAUACCCUCACCUCAACCAAACUGCGCAAACAAACAGCAACUUUGUCACAAGUUCUAAACCUCAGCAACACAGAGUUGGAUCAGCUGGCUGAUUUUCUGGGGCAUGAUGUGAGAGUUCAUAGACAAUUCUACAGACUUCCUGAAGGUACACUUCAACUUGCUAAAAUAAGCAAGGUUCUCAUGGCUCUGGAGCAAGGGCGCAUGGCUGAAUUCAAGGGCAAGGGCCUAGAUGACAUCACUAUAGACCCAGAGGACACUGUUAUGGCCGACAGCGAUACUGAGUCACAAGAGGAUGUGGUCACCAUCAGUCAGGGAGAGGACGAGUUGGGGGCUGAAGUUCUUGAUGAGAUCUACACAAGCCAAGAAACUAAAAAAGCAAAAUGCGAAGAAGCUGUUGUCACUCCCAGUCAGGGAAUGGAAGUGGAGAUUGAAAUGUCAGAUGAGUCUGACACAACAUCUCAGCCUGUAAAAACAUCUAAAGGAGCGUGGAGCCGUAAAGGGAGUCAAACUAAAAGCAAAGGAGUCAAAAGGAGAAUGUGGGACAAGCAAGAGGUCCAGGCUGUGGAGAGGCACCUAUCGCAAUUCAUAAGCAGCUGUCGUGUUCCUGGAAAAAGUGACUGUGAGAAGUGUGUACAGCUCGAGAAGGAUGUACUGAAACACAGAGACUGGAGGACAGUUAAGUCUUAUGUCAUGAACAGAAUUACAACUCUCAAAAGAAAAGUUUGUCCUUAGUUUAAAAGUUCAGAAGCUUAUAAAUAAUGUUAGAAAGUAUUUUUAAUAUGAAAAAUGAAACAGUUGACCAUGUUUAAACCAAAGAUGUUCAUUUUGUCUCGUGUUCUUUAAAAAGAAUCCAAGAAUUUAAAGACAAUACAGUAAAGUGUAUUUACCUUUUUGACAUGUUUCAGCUGCUGCUGCAUCUUCAGAACUGUCUUCGGUGUCAGUGGUGACGUGUCGUAUAUCAGCUGUUGUUACUUCUUGUGGGCGUGGUCAGACCUGAUGGACCUGGCAGGUGGCUCAGACUGACCACGCCUCCUGUUGCCCGGUGUCUCUGGAGGAGUGUUCCAGGUGUGUGGAGGAGGAACGCUCAUCAAAGUUAAUGCUGUCAGUGCCUCGUUUCCUGAUUUCACGGUCCUCCCUGAUCCAGCGUUUGAACUUGAUGACGGAGCGUUCCUCCUUUCACACACUCCUCCAGAGAAACACCGGGCGACGGGAGGCGUGGUCAGUCUGAGCGACCUGCAGGUCCAUCAGGCUGACCACGCCCACAGGAAGUAACAACACGUGA